UAUUAUUCUUGUACCCAGUUUUUGCGAUUCAUCGAUUGUUAUUUCCACACGUAGAAUUUAAUGGGGGUAGAGGGGGUGGUGCAAUUGGUGAAAUUUGCCAUUUUUCCAGGAGAGGAGGAUCGCAAUUAAUUACUAGGGGAAAUAUUUUGAUUUGUUAUGCGCGACGGAUAGAAAAAUAGAAGUUCACAUCUAAUUUUCAAUCUCUCAACUCGGUCCCAUUAUCCUCCAGCAUAUCAUAUCACCAAUAAUUUUCGAUACCCUCCAACAAUUAUCCCCACAAAUAAUAAAGACGACAACUUUUCCAACAAAAUUACACAUUUCGUGAAGACUAACAUUCUUCCGUUUCACUGAACGCUUUCCAUAUUUCAAUGGAAGCCACGAACAAAGGCGACAGGAGAAGAACAUGGAAAAUGGAAGGCGCCGCUUCAGGAAACAUUUUCGUCUAUCACCGUUAUUAUCCCUGACAAUUCCAUCUAAAUACAGAAAUUCCAAUUCCAUCCGAACAAUUUUGAAUAAUUUCCAUCUCUCCAGCAACAGAACUAAAAGCAAAUAUCUACAUAGGACCUUCACACACUUGGAAAAUUCGAAAGAAUCCCUUGGGACAACUUAAUGUUAUAAACAUCAUCGAUAUAACGAUGUCCAGACGAUCUCGCACCCACACAAGUCCCAAUCAACAAUCUCAUAAAUGUCCACAGACACCACGAGUUUACAAAAGGAAUUAUGGCUCACCCCUUUUUCCUAGGGAGCUCAGGCACAAUCGGAGUGACAGACAAUGACAAUGGAACAUUUUCCGACCGGUUACCAUCAUCCAAAGGAAUGCCUCACUAGGAACCAUGAAUUUCGACAAUAUAUCAACCUUCCUUGACCACCACAACAUCACCAAUGAUACCUGCGGUGCAACAGUACCAAUUGUGGGAAUUGUCAAUCAAGUUCUGUAUUCAAUCGUCUGCAUUGUUGGACUCCUUGGCAAUACACUGGUCAUCUACGUUGUCCUUCGUUUCUCCAAGAUGCAAACUGUCACGAACAUGUAUAUAGUGAAUUUGGCAAUAGCAGAUGAAUGCUUUCUGAUUGGAAUACCAUUUUUAGUGACAACAAUGAGCCUGGGUUACUGGCCAUUUGGUAAAAUAAUGUGCAAAGCGUACAUGACAACAACAUCGAUAAAUCAAUUUACAAGCAGCAUAUUCUUAUUUAUAAUGUCAGCUGAUCGUUACAUAGCCGUUUGCCAUCCAAUAUCAUCACCGAAAAUGCGAACCCCAUUUAUAUCCAAAAUUGUAUCGUUGAGUGCAUGGGGUACAUCAGCAUUGUUCAUGGUGCCAGUAUUUCUGUACGCAAAUACAGGAGAAAGUCAGAAUGGAAUGAGCUGUAAUAUAUUUUGGCCGGAUGAUCAUGGUGGACAGACAAUGUUUACUCUGUAUUCAUUUGUUAUGGGAUUUGCCAUACCCCUCACCCUCAUAUUGAUCUUCUACUUCUUGGUUAUCAGAAAACUGCAGACAGUUGGACCGAAGAAUAAAUCGAAGGAGAAGAAACGAUCCCACAGAAAGGUGACAAAAUUGGUGUUGACUGUCAUAACUGUUUAUGUUCUAUGUUGGCUACCAUACUGGAUUACCCAGGUUGCCCUUAUUUACACACCCCCAAAGCAGUGUCAAUCGAGAAUUGGUAUCACAGCUUUUCUUCUUGCUGGAUUCCUCAGCUACUCCAACAGUGCUAUGAAUCCAAUAUUGUAUGCCUUUCUCAGUGAUAAUUUUAAGAAGAGCUUUCUCAAAGCUUGCACCUGUGCAGCUGGUAAGGAUGUCAAUGCAACACUUCACAUUGAGAACAGUGUUUUUCCAAAAAAAGCUAAAGCCAGUGCUGAGAGACUUCAGUCCAAUAAAAUUGUUACCUCGGGUACAUCCAGAGGUGAAAUUGAAGAUGAGGAGGGAGAGAGAGGACUUUUGAUUAGUAAAACAUCCACCACUACCAUCACCAUGACAUCAAGAUCAAAUAUUACCAUUACCAGUGAUAAUAAGGAGAAGGAGAGUGUCAAGAAUGGAAAUCAGGGAACAUUGUUGACACAAGUUUAGAGCAUAUCACGAAAUAUAUAUUUCGUUAUUUAUUGAGAAUUCAUUGGUGAUGAGGAAAAUGUCAAAAUGUUAAAACGAACAAAGAACUAGUUCAAUUGUGAAAAAUCUAGGUUUUUCGGGGUGAACGUCUAUCUUUGUAUGCCCUUUCCCAUUCCGGGUGUUUCGUGUUUCGAAAAAUAUUCGCUUCCAAGAUCUAUCCGAUCUAUGAUCUACAUGAAUAAUGUAACAGAUGCAAUCAGAUCUGGAUAAUUGAAAUUAAUCGUCAUAGACUAUUUUAAGAAGUUCGUUCAAGAGGACUAAUUGUCUUCAUCGAUGAUAACUUCUGUCGUUUCCAAUGUUAUCCUCAAAGAAAUCAUAAUAAUACUAAUAUAAGUAUGAAAUUGUGAAAUAUCUACAAUAUUACUUCCAUUAUUGAUACGGCAUUCUGAAUGACAAGCUGAUAACACUCCCCGUCAAUAUCACAAUCUCCAGAUGUACGAAGUAUCCUACAGCAUUGUCACACCCUGCGGCCACACGUCAUCUCAAUUUCUACCCCCUGAUGCGGGGGUGAAUUGGAGGGCGUAUUUCAGGAAGGGAUAAACGAUAGGGGGAGAGGGGAAAAUAUAUAACAAAUGGAAUAACUGGAAAGAUGAAUUAAUGAUAGAAUAAUUGUCACAAGGGUCUAUCUAUCAUUCACGAAAUGGUGGGGAGGGGGGGAUUUUUUAUUUUGUUUGUUCGAGUCUCGGCUUUCUGUCAUAUUCCCACAGAAUCUGCAGGCAAUUUUGGAUAGUUUUCAUGUAUUCAGAGGGGGUGGGCAGGUGGUGGAAUAGGGACAGGUGUAUUUUCCCGCAUGUGUUCCCCUAUGUUUAUUCUAAGCCUGAAUGGAUGAGUUUCUAUCGAUCUGAAUAGAUAACAGUCUCUCAUACAUGUUAUGAUUGAAUGAUUAAAUGAUUUCAAUGUUCAAUGGACGAGAUUGUACUAGUAAUAUCGAGUGAAGGUGGCGUAUCUGCCAAAUUGGGAAUUGAGAGUUUAUUGAAAUUAAAAAAUGAUUUUUUUUUAAUUUUUUGAGGGUAAAGAUAACUCAUAGAAGUUUAAACUCUUGAUCACGACAUUUUCUGGAAAUGGUCAACCCCUUGAUAAAUAUAUGUUCACAUUUCGUGAUACCAGUAUAUAGGCGGAUGCAACAGGUACGAUUUCGUCGGGUUCAUAAAAUCCCACGAUAUCCUGGCGCCAAUUUAAUUGAAAUUCUUCAUUGCACGAGACCCAAUUACUUGCUAAGAGAACACAAGAUCAAAAUGAUUUACGGAAGCUCAUAAUUUUCCUUUUCUCCACUAAAAUCUCACUGAUGUAUUUAAGGGCAGAUAAUUUGCGAGGUAAAAAAUUUAUAAAUUGACUGAUUCAUUUUGUAUAUUAAAUAUUAGAUACCUCAAUAAAAGGUCUAGUAGCUGUUAAAUGGUACUUACAAUAUAUAUAGCUACAUAUGUAAUUUAUCAAUUUAUAUAGAAGAAUAUAUGUUGCUAAUUCGUAGGCCUAAUUAUAUUUUUAGUUCACAUUGUUCAAGGUGCUUGUCAAUAAUUUUGAUAACUAUUGAAUUUGAAAUGUAUGCAAUGCUUGAGGUGAUAGAAAAAUUGACUGAAAAUGAGAAUUAAAUUUUCGACGAUUGUAAAAAAAAAUCUAUCUCAAUAAAUGCACCUAUUCUAGUUUAUCGAUUUACAAGAGGUGUCAAAGCUUUGGAAAAUCAUGUGAUGAAUUCUUCAAAAGCAUAUGCUCCUCCUUGGACCUGUCUUUGUGGACAGAAACCCAUUAAAAAAUCAUCUCAUCAACACGAAAAUUUCAUCCAACAAUUGAAUAAUCCACAAUUUUUCAAUUUCAUUAAAUCAAAAUGACCUAAAAUAGUACCAUUACACAAACUGACGCAUCUUCCCACGGAAUGCCAGUUACGUACAGCAUUUGAGUGAAUUUGCAUUUAGUAGCCACUCUAGAAUUGACUCAGCACAUGCGAGACACGAAACACCGGUAAUUUGGCUCCUAUUUAAUGGUGGAAUCUCGCUUCAACGAGAUUGGCAUUCCGUCGUCAAGUGAGACUUGAGGAUGCCCUGUGUAUAUGCAUAUCUAGAUAUUUGGAGAGUACUGGGUAGACGAAAAGCCAAAAAAAAAAUUUCUCAAAGUUUACAGAACACAAAUGGACUUCAGGAAUUUAUUAGAAGAAUUGCCGCCAUUUAACUACGAUUUUUUUUAUAAAUUAAAAAAUUCCCAACGAAAUGAAUUGUAUAAAAUAAACGUAAAUUCACGUCAGAAUAAAAAAAAGACGUAAUUGUGGAGAAUAUACCAUUUUUGAAGAUGACGUAGUCGUUGUAUAGCCAAAGGAGUGUAUGUAAUUAAGACCGUAUUUAAUUAAUUAGCUACCACUUGAGAUAAAUAUUUGGUUGGUAUUACAAGCAGAAUAAUUAUGUUUCUCAUUAACAAGUUCUGCUUGAAUAAUUUUAUUUACAGUUUUCGAUGAUUUUGUUGGCUCAUAAUAAAACUUGUUUGAGCACGUGCUCCAUGUUCUCGUAGUAUACGGAGUUGGCUCUUAUUUCCCAACAUUUAAUUUAUUUAACGAUUACAGAGAAGAAAGUGAAUAUUCUCUCAUUACCCCGUAGAUUUCUAAAAUAACUCAAAUGUGGAGAGAGUACGGCCAAAUGGACCAGUAGCACAAAACUGGCCUCUUUCGAGAUUUAUGAUUAAUAUUAAGAAAGAAGUAUGAGUGUGGAGUUACGCCCACUUAGAGGACAACUUUUUACUCAAUUUUAUAAUUGUAUCAGUCAGGAAUUGCGGGAAAAAUUCAGAAAUAUUUUUUUUUUAUGUUAAAUUUGGAACCUUUGGACUUUCAAAAAGAAUCUUCAGUACUUAUGCCCUUCUGGCUAUACGGUGUAUUUAAUUUUUAAAAAAUGCACUUAGAGGAUCGUUAUUUAAGGUUCAUCUGCACACGGAGAGAAAUUUAAAAAAAACCGGUACUAACAUGUGAGAAGAGGAAAAAGGAAUCGUCAAGACCAAUUCCAGUUCUGGCAAUGGAAAUUUCAUUGUCUUAAACGUUAAUUUUUUUCGAACUUCUGUGGAAAAUGUUUUUAUAUCCCCUGAAAUUUGUGCCACAAAUCCCCAAGUUUUACGUUGAUAUUAUUGGGUUUUUUUUACAACCGAGAUAUUAAGGUUUUUUCGCACUAGAAUUUUUAUAGACAAUUUCUCUCCGUCGAAUGUAUAUAGUUAAAAUCAUAAGUACAUUUGUUAGUUUAUUUACAGAAUAUUACCAAAGAUUGAUUGCAAUAAAUUCAGCACUUAACAUGUGGAUGUUUAACUGAUUAAUCAUUGAUAUCAUCCACUAUUAAUGAAGCCAUAAAUAUAACCGUAAUCGUCCCGUAACAAGUAUUAAUAAAUUGACAUAAGACAAUGGGACUGUAACGAAAUUUUAAUUUUCUAUGUAUAUUUGAAUGUUGAGUAAAAUGAAAUAAAGAAUCGAAUUAUUGAACUGAAAUAAUUGAGAUUAUAAUGAAUCUUAAAUGUCAAUAAACG